AUGGACAGUCAAGAUCUACACAUUUACAACAGACCCUUAAUCAAAAUAUGUGGUUUACAGUCCACUCUAGCCGCUCAAACAGCCUUGGAUAAUGGUGCUGAUCUUCUAGGCGUCAUCAUGGUUCCAAAUAGAAAGAGAUCUAUUGAUCUUCAAAUAUCAAAUCAAAUUUAUCAGCUUGUUAAACUCGAAAGAGAAAGAAGGCAUCAACUUAAAAAUAUUAAAAAAUUCAAAAUCGAUCAAUUUUUCAACUCUUUAAAUAGUACCCCCUCUCAAAAUUUAACUCCUUCCUUCAAAAAUCUUUAUAUGUAUAAAAAGAAUCAAUUGAUUCAUCAUGGUCCGUUCUUAGUAGCCGUUUUCCAAAACCAAUCAAUUGAUCAAAUCAACCAUUUAAUUAAUCAUCAGCUUAUAAAUUUUGAUAUCAUUCAAUUACAUGGCUCUGAGGACAAACUCUCAUAUACAAACUCAAAUCUCAUCAACAAACCAAUCAUUUCAAGAUAUCUAAUGUCUCAAUUUCUUGAUCUUAACACUCUUAAAGAUGAAAUUUCUCUUGCCAAUAAUCAUUUGCUCAUAUUACUAGAUUCUGAUAAAGGUGGCGAGGGUCAAUUGUUAGAUUGGAAUUUGAUUAAUAGUUUUUUUAUUGAUAACUCACAGAAUCCUCUUCUUUCUUCUCUCAGUUUUAUCUUAGCUGGUGGUUUGAAUAUAGACAAUAUCUCAAACCUUCAUUCAUUAAAUGGUUUAAUAGGACUAGAUGUUAGUUCUGGUGUAGAAUCUAAUGGUAUUAAAGAUUUAGAAAAAAUUAAAACUUUUAUUAAAAUUGCUUCUAAUAUUCCUUUAAAUAAUUAG